GUGACCUGCUCUUGUUUUUUUAAAGCGGUUUUAAAAAUGGCGUCCGGCAAGAGGUGUAUGUUUACAGUUAUUAAUGUGAUUAUUACAGUGCUUGUCAUAGAAAGUCAGUGUCGAGUCCAUCAUCUUGUACUCAAGGAUGACAUCCGUCAGCGGGUCCACCUGAACACGUUCGGCUUUUAUAAGGAUGGUUACAUGAGUAUGAUCAUGAACCACCUCAGCUUUACUGAUGGCAAGAUGGACAACAUUGACAGCUCCACGAUUGGUUUCAGCCUAGAUCGUGCAAACAAUAAUGGUUUCUCCACAUACCUGGAUGAGGGUCUAGAUUACUGUCCUCUGAAAAAGGAUCCAAGUAGUAGUUUCGCUGGAGUGCUUCUCUUACUGGACUUCAAGAAUAACCUUGUCAGGAAGAAGACUUCAGCAGAGACGGGCGUUUUUCCCAAAAUCAUGUCUGUGUCACCUAAAAAAACUGCAGAUGAGGGGCAAGUUGAAAAGGGGAAGGAACCCCAAAACAAGGAGUCCGAUGAUGGAUCUCAGUCCAAGACAUCUAAAUCCAAGCGUGAUGCUGAGAACAAGGCAGAAGAUACCUAUCCUCUAGAGAAGGAAAAUGAUUUCUACUCCUUCCAGUUUUACUUCAAUGUCACUACCGAUGAGCAGCAGGGCCUUUAUAACUUCUACUUCUACAACUGCUAUUCUUUGCCAAUGAACCAGGACAGCUCUGUGUCAGACAUGCUACCUUUCAGCAUUGAGAUCAUAAUCGAGGAGAAGAAUCCAGAGAGCUUCCUCUCUGCAGGAGAGAUCCCUUUGCCUAAGCUCUACAUCUGCAUGUCCAUCUUCUUCUUCCUUAUUGGCAUACUGUGGGUUCAUGUUUUGCGGACACAUGGUGCUGAUGUUUACAAGAUUCAUUGGUUGAUGGCUGCUCUUCCAUUUACAAAGUCGCUUUCCCUUAUUUUCCAUGCUAUUGACUACUACUACAUUUCCAAUCAGGGCUUUCCUAUUGAACCCUGGGCUGUGGUCUAUUACAUUACUCAUCUACUGAAGGGCGCGCUGUUGUUCAUCACUAUAGCCUUAAUAGGAACUGGCUGGGCCUUUGUCAAGCAUAUUCUUUCAGAUAAAGACAAGAAGAUUUUCAUGAUCGUCAUUCCACUCCAGGUUCUGGCCAAUGUGGCAUACAUUAUUAUUGAGUCCACAGAGGAGGGCUCCAGUGAGUAUGGUUUGUGGAUGGAGAUCUUGUUUCUGGUGGAUCUGCUCUGCUGCGGUGCUAUUCUCUUUCCUGUGGUCUGGUCCAUUAGACAUUUACAAGAGGCAUCAGCAACAGAUGGCAAAGCUGCCAUCAAUCUGGCUCAACUGAAACUUUUUAGGCACUAUUAUGUGAUGAUUGUAUGCUAUAUUUAUUUCACCCGCAUCAUUGCCAGUCUCAUCAAGGUCAUUGUCCCUUUCCAGUGGAAGUGGCUCUACCAGCUGAUGAAUGAGCUGGCCACUCUGACCUUCUUCUUCUUAACUGGGCACAAGUUCCGGCCAGCCUCCUACAACCCUUACUUGCUGUUGUCUGUGGAGGAUGAAGACAUGGAGAUGGACGAUGUGGUAACGACCUCAACAGCCAUAGGAGAGGGUGUUAAGAAAGUGAAGAAAGUGUCAAACGGACCAUCAGAAGAGAGGGAGAGCAUGGCAUGAUGGGAGAUGAACAUCUCCACUGGUUCUGUGUGCCUCUGGACUUUGUGGCCAGCUACUGACAUGUGGGAAAUUCUUCAAGAGGAGCUCGACGGCUUUCCCAGAAUUUCCAGUGGACCUUCUCUCAUGAUCACAUGUAAACACACCACGUUCCAUAUCCACAUGUAUGCGUUUGUCUCUGUAAAUGUUGCACAGAAGGUGUGGAGAUUUCACCUAACGUCACUCCAUGAUUCCAUUUGCCACUGUAGUUUUAACUGAAAUGCUUGGUGCAGUGCUUUUUCAUGUUACCUUGGUGUGUGUGUGUGUGAGAGCCUGUGUGAGCGUGCUUGUGUGAGUGCGUGUUUUAGUUGCAUUUUAAAAUUUAUUUAUAAUCUUUUUACACAUUGCUUGAUUUUAGACACGCUGUGGCACUUUAACAGGUGCACAACUCCCGUCAAGAGAAAGCCUAUGCGAGGUCACUAUAGGAUGUGUAUAAAACUGCUGUGCCUGUGACGUCUCUUUCAGCUGUUAUUUAAAUGAUGAUUUCCUGCUCCGAGUUCUCCGAACAAAUCAUUUCCGUGUAAAUAUGCAAGCCCUUAAAACAAACAUAACCCAGAUUAAUGUUACAAAGAAUAACAUGUACAGUUCUAAAGCUUAGUCAGGAUUUGAUGACAGCUGCUUUGUAUUUUCUCAGUAUUUGUGGGUUAUUAGUAUGGAUGACGAUGGACUUUCAUAAAAUGGAUCCAGGGUGUCCAGAAUCAUGCGUUUCAGUUGUAUCAAACAUGGAUUUAAAUGAUUUCAGGGAUCUUGUUAUUUAUGAUCGUCGCUAACGCAAUGAAGGAUUUUAUUUUGAUGUUUAAUAUUCUGCUUAUUUUCGGAUAUCUUUGAGCAAGCUUUAUGAAAAUGUGUUUCAGUAUUAAAUUGUGCAAUGGUUUAA